CGCUCGUUCCGAGCGUUUUUCUUCCGCCGGGUCACGUGGUUGCGCUUCUGGUCCUAUUACCAAGCCAGCAAGGGCGUGGAAGAGCUGCAAGCAUCAUCGGCCAUCAGCGCUCGCGAUGAAGAGCGCCCGCUGCACUUCCUGCACAAGAGCGGCUCCUUCCGCGUUUUGGUGGUGGAAGCGCUCGUUCCGAGGGUUUUUCUUCCGCCGGGUCACGGGGCUGCGCUUGUCUGGUCCUAUUACCAAGCCAGCAAGGGCUUGGGAGGGUUGCAAGCAUCAUCGGUCAUCGGCGUUCGCGAAUGA